AUGAAACGUGUAAAAAAAGGUAAAACCACAAGAAGUUUUGCUUCUUCACUGAUGGGAAUUGCAAAUGAAAAUGCAAUGUCUUCUGAUGACUCUUUGACUAUAAGUGACGAAGAUAAAAUAAGAUUGCAAAUAUUAUUAGAUGUUAAACAAUUCGGAAAAGAGAUGCAAAUAUUAUUAGAUGUUAAACAAUUCGGAAAAGAGCUUUCCAAUUUUGGAAUUAAUCCAGAAGAAAUUAAAGGGUAUAUUGAAUUAUAUAAAGUUGUCGAAAAUUUUG